UACAUACUUUCAUAAUCAAUCAAGAUACAUUUUCAUAAUCUCAAUAUAAUGUAUGUUUGUUUUGUUGUAGGAGUAAGCUGUAUAUUCGUAUAGGUGAUUGUGAAAAAUUCACUUUUGUUUCCGAGAAGAACAUGUUUCCAGAAUUUUUAUAAGUUUCUAACUUUUUGUUGAUGAUUUUGUUUUUACUUUUGUUUGUUUUUGGCCUUAUGUACUAAAUUUGGAAGGCGUGCGCACUAAAAGGAACAAAACUUAGGUUCACCUCUAAGGUGAACUUUUAAAUUCACCUCUCCUCUUAUUACCAAUCAAAAUGUCACAUAGAUUAAUAAUAAAAUAUAAUAUUUUUUAUUUUUAAAAAAUCUAAAAUAAUUGAAAAAAAUAAUAAUUACGCUCAUUUUAAUGACGCUAGCGCCACUAAUUAAACCUUAAACUUUAAAUCUAAACUCUAAACUUUAAAUCUAAACCCUAAACCCUAAAUUCUAAACCCAAACUCUAAACCCGGUUUGACAUUUUGAUUGGUAAUAAGAGGGCAUUUUGAUUGGUAUAUUAUUAUUAAUAUAUGUGGCAUUUUGAUUGGUAAUAAGAGGAGAGAUGAAUUUAAUGUUUCAGCCUAAGUUUUGUUCAAAAAAAAAAUAUGCCUAAAUAAAUUGAUGAGAAGAAUUCACUGUUUCACAAAUAAGUAUUCCUUACUUUAUUCAGCAUAUUUCUUUUGAAAUUAGUCUCACAGAAAUCUACAUUUUUAAGAAAUAUAUCUUUUCUCCAAAAGAAAGAUAUAAUUUAGAUUUCAAAUUUCAACAAAAUAUGCAUUUCCCUAAAAUACAUUUAACAAUUAUCGUACCACUACAAUAAAAGCCCAAUGAAAAACAGUUUUUAGUUUACCUUUGUUUUGGUGUUCAAACAAAAAGAAAAAACAAAAGUUCACCCUAGUUUAUAUCGUUAUUAGCUCAGAAAUCACUACUAGAAGAAGAUGGUGAUGAUAACCGACCUUCCAUUUGAUCUGGAAAAGAAGAUACUCGCCCUUGUUCCGAAAGAGUCUCGACCACAAUGGCAAACUACUUGCAAGAGAUGGCGCACUCUACGCCAAGAUCUGCUCUCCAAGAAACACUUGGCUCAAACAGGAAGAGAGUUCAUCUUACUGUUGAAUUCUAGUGUUUUUUCAACAACCAUCAACCUCCAGGGAGUCCAUAACAACGUUGAUCCGGUGAUGGAGUUCGGAUGUAAACUUGGAUCUUUACAAGAUUCAAAUGAUUUACAAAUACAUGAUAUUUUCUACUGCAAGGGGUUAGUGCUAUGCACUAUGGUGGGAAAACAAAUGCUCGUGGUUUGCAACCCUAGUAACCGUGAAACUAGGUAUGUCGAACCUAGAACAAGUCAUGGCUGUUUCGAAUAUGCUCUUGGAUACAAAGGCAGCAAGUCUUCUUGUGUUAAUAGCUACAAGAUCUUGAGGUAUUGUCGUUAUUUCGACAAGCAACUGAUGCGUACGGUUUCCGAGUUUGAACUGUAUGACUUCAUGUCUGACUCAUGGAGGGUUUUAGAUGUUGAUGAGCACGAUUGGGAAAUAUCUGCUCGUGGCGUCUCUGUGAAAGGAAACACUUACUGGGUUGCUAAAAAGAAUGAAGACCAGUUCAUACUCAGUUUUGAUUUCACAAGAGAGAGAUUUGGGUUUCUCCCUCUUCCGUAUGAGAGUGCUGGUCCUGAAGAUUCCAUGAAUGAUGAGUAUGACGAUACAGCUGUUCUGUCAGUUGUUAGAGACGAACAACUCUCGGUGUUACAUCAGUAUCUUCAUUUGGAUUUAUUUGAGAUGAAGAUAUGGGUGAGCAACAUGAUUGGCACCAAAAAGGUGUCGUGGGGCGAGUUCUUGGUAGUGGACGUCGUGUUGUUAAAUGUUGUCAGCUUCGUGGUUGACGAGGAGCAUAAAGUGGCAGUGUGUUGUAGUACAGGCAAGGAUGAUCCUAGUGAUGAUAGUGAAGAAGAGUGCACCAGCGUUUCAAUUAUUGGAAAGAAUAUACAAAGUCUUGUUUAUGAUGAAGGGGCUAUAGAUGGAUCAUGGCCACAUCUCAUGAAUUACGUUCCAAGCCCGGUUCAAAUUUUAAGGAAGAGUACGCGCAAAAGCAAAAGGAAACGAUCUACAAGGAGCUUUAACAGGCAUCAACCGGAGGAGGGCACUUCUUCAAGAAGCGUUGAGGAAACAAAAGUGACACCCAAAGCAAAACCUAAAGCAUAUCGAAGUUUCUAGGGUUGCUUUGAAUGUCCCAAAAUGGUUUAGGAAAUGAAAGUGACACCAGACCUAAAGCACAUCGAAGUUCUCUUGCUGUUGCUUUGAAUGUCGCAAUAAUUCUAUCUUUUCUUCUUUUUUUUUUUGGACAAUCCCAAAGGUUGUAAUAAAUUGAACGCAUAUUGAAGUUUAUUAUCUUAUUUUUGUAAGAAUAACUUUAAUGAUUUCUAUUUGAACAAAAAAAAACUUUAAUGAUUUCUAUUAUGAAAUCAAAUAUGUCCAAGACCAUAUUCUAGUUUAAAUUAAUUCAACCCUAAUGAUUUCUAGAGAAGAUAGAACGACUAACCUUGAUCCAUGCUUGGAUGCAAUUCCACCAAUUGAUCUUCUCCCCUUUAACCUUUUCUUUGGUGAUUUUCUUGAUGGAUAAGAAAUCCCAAACCUUCCUUAAUCUCUCCUUUUAAUAAAUAUUAUUGUUGUGUGACUCUCACUUACGUACGAACAAAAUGAUGUACGAGUCAUUUUUAUAUACUUCCUCUGAAUUUAAAUGUAUGAUGUUUAAGGUUUUACACACAUAUUAAAAAAUAAUAAAUGCACUAUUUUAAUUGUUACUUUUUUGUUAUAUCAAUAAAGUUUCACCACUCAUAAUUUUACUUUUUAAUUUAUGUUUAAAUUUAAAAAUAAAUACAUUAAUUAUAUCUCAAAACAUCAUACAUUUAUAUACAAAAUAAAAAGAUAGAACAUCAUACAUUCGUAUCCGGAGGGAGUAUUAAUCAAAGGAUGUGUCUUAACCAACAUAACUCUUCCACACAACUUCAACACAACACUUCGCUAUUUUAACCGCACAAGUGCAUUAUAUCAUCAUAUGUAUAUUAAAUCUUAUAGUAAUAUAUUUUAUUAUUAUUAUUAUGACUAGGAAACAAACCUGUGCAUUCGCGCAAGUAUUUAAAUUCUUUACUAAAAAUUAAAAUAUAUUUUUUUUUAACGGCUAACAAAUUUUGUUAAUAAAAUUUAAGAUUACAAAGUCAAUAUCCAGAACUUCCAAAAAGAAAUUAUUACAUAAGCAAAUAUAUGCGUCAUAUGCUGAGAAAAUAUAACAUGGAAAGUGAUUUUAACAAUGCUUUACAAAAGGAAGAAAAACCAAUCCGUUAUUUACUUCCCAUGAUAUUAAUAAAAUGUAUACAUAUAAUCUACCAAAAAAUAAAACAAAACAGUAAUUUGUUAAUAAUCUCAUUUAAAAUAUAAAUAAAAAGACCAAUGAUGACAUUAAAUUACUGGAAAAAAAUCUUGGAUAUGAAGAGAAUAUUUAUUACAGUAAAUAUUUUCACCUCUAUAAAUAUAAAAGAGUGUUCACAGAUUACAUACAGAUGACUGGUAUAGAGAUAUAAUGUUAAAGAAAUUGAGUGUCUCACAAAUUGCAUAUAAUUUCUAUACAAUUUGAUAGGUUUGCCAAGAUAUAAUUAUCAAGACAAAUGGUAAAUUAUAAGACACAUCUAAGAAAAACAGAAUGAAGUGACUAUUCUAAGAUAUGCAACUACUUAGGUGAAUGGAUGCCUUAACUUUUAACUUUUAAUUUCAUUUUAAAAAUAAAUUAACUAAAAACAUUUGAUUGAAAAGUUUCCAAUAGA